AUGUCUACUGCUAUGACAUUUGGUCAAAAACAGUUUAUACCAACACCACCCGAUAAGGGCAGUUUUCCUCUAGACCAUGAGGGAGUGUGCAAAAAAAGUAUGACAAAGUUUAUGAAGUGUUUAUUUAAUAACAACAACAAGAAUUCAUUGUGUCGCAUUGAAGCAAAAGAAUAUUUAUCAUGUAGAAUGGAAAAUAACCUCAUGGCUAAAGAAGACUGGGCUAAACUAGGGUUUAAAAACAAUGAAUGA